AUGACCUUCCUUGACGCUUUCCUGCCUUCUAGGAGGGGUCUGACACUGAUUCCUCCUUUUCUGUAGGUCCCUUCAAAAAGACCCUUGAAAACAAGAAUGCCGUCUCCUCUCGGUCCCCUACACCUGUCCCUCAGAGACGGCAAGACCACAUUUGAGGAGACUGAGGCUGCGCGACUCAGAUUCCGGGCUUUCUGCUAUGAGGAGGUAGACGGUCCCCGAGAAGCACUGGCCCACCUUCGAGAGUUAUGUCACCGGUGGCUACAGCCUGAGACGUGCUCCAAAGAGCAGAUGAUAGAGUUGCUGGUCUUGGAGCAGUUCCUGGGUGUGUUGCCCCCUGAGAUCCAGGCCUGGGUUCGAGGGCAGCGGCCAGGAAGCCCUGAGGAGGCUGCAGCCCUUGUUGAGGGUCUGCAACAUGAUCCCGGGCAGCUGCUGGGCUGGAUCACAGCCCACAUCCUGAAGCCAAAGGUGCUCCUUACAGUCCAGAAGAGGGAGGAGUCCUCAGGCAGCCACCAGAUCUCAGUGGCAAUGGAGUCCUCUGAGGCAGGCCCUGCAGAGGCACCACAGGAUGCCCGGAUAGACAGAUCUACCCAGAUCAAUUGCAGUGUGAAGGAGGAAGCCAGUGCUGACGAGCAGGAGAUAGAAUCUCCAAGCGCUCCCCUUCCAUCCCAGGCCUUUGAGGGACACCUUGGAUACCAGGAGCCAGCCGCUUCCACAUCCUUCCAACCAGGAAGGGCCCAGAAGGAGCAGAACCUGUUGGACUCGUCACAAAAAGAGCUGUCCUGGGGCACGAUGCUGGAGAAGAAUGGCACAGUGGUACCUCAGGAGCCAGAGAUACAUGUUGAAUCUGAGCUGAGGCCAAAACAGGAGACCCUACACACAGGACCAGAGUCCCUCAGGAGCCAUCUCCCGGAAGUGGAAUCCAUUGCAAGUCCAAGGGUAGUUCAAGCCUGCACAUCCUCUCCAAGUGAAAACAGGAGCCCUUGCAUGGACCCUCCAGGCUUGUCUCCCACACCGCUGCUUGAAGCCCCUGCUAUACCCAUGCCUCGGAAGCUGUACACGUGUGAGCAGUGUGGCCUCAGCUUUGAUUGGAAGUCGGUUUUUGUCAUCCACCAGCGCACGCACAUGGGUGGGCCAGACCUGGAAAGACCACCACAGGUGACCUGGGAGCCAGCCAUGCGGCGCUCCCCUGGCCUCCGGGGCUACACAUGUGUGGAAUGUGGGCGCAGCUUCAGUUGGAAAUCACAGCUGGUCAUCCACCGCAAGAGCCAUGCAGGCCAGCGGCGCCACUUCUGCCGUGACUGUGGGUGCAGCUUUGACUGGAAGUUUCAGCUGGUCAUUCAUAGGAAGAUCCACCAGCCACAGGGCCCGUGAGCAGUUGGGGGAGACCUGUCUCACUUGAAUGCCUCCAACUCCUGAAGCAGUACUUCUGGCACCCUCAUCAGCCAAGAAGAGGUUCUGAGGGACCCCAAAAAGAUUCCCUGCCCAAUGCCAGGCCAUCCAGUGUAAGAGGAGGCU